UCGCACUAUUAUAUCUGUGUCCCAGCUCAACCCCGCUGACUCACUCUAGUUUGGCGGGCCUACAUUCACGGUUAAUGCCUGUUUCAAGACAGCUCUAUCUCAACUCCUGUGUAUAUUGAGGUUCAAGCAUCAUAAAGACCUGACAAAAUGCCCAAAUGUCCGAGCUGUGGUAAAGAAGUCUACUUCGCCGAAAGAAAAACGUCUAUGGGUAAAGACUGGCACCCAGCUUGCUUACGUUGUGAGAAAUGUAAAAAGACACUAGCCCCAGGAAGCCAUUCAGAGCAUGAAGGUAAACCUUAUUGCACAAAGCCAUGCUAUGCUUCAUUGUUUGGACCUGAAGGAUUUGGCAGAGGUGGAACUUCAGGGGACAAAGCCAUUUACACCAAGUAGAUUAAACUAAACAGCCAAGGCUUAUCUCUCUUGGUUUCUUAUCUCAAACUCUAGUUAUUCCAUUGUAGCCUAGCUGCUCUAGUUUCUUCCCUAAAUUUAGUCAUCAUUUAAAGAACAGUAUCCAUGGCUUAGUACAGAACAAACCAACAUGAAUUAAGUCAGGAUACUUGUUUAUAACAAAACAUUAGAUACACAGAAUGUAACAGUGUAUUCAACUUCCAAAAGAGGUAUCUCUUUUUUUUUGUUUUCGUGCCAUUCUGUAAGAUGUAUAUUUCAAUGUUUUUUUUAAAUGUUAUCAUUAAACAUGGUGCUUCAAAGGUUUUGCCUAAUCAUUCCUAGAUAGGCUUAUAUAAUGACAUAAAAAUGUACAGAGUGUAGUUCUUGUUCAACAUUUUUAUAAGAGCUCUUGUGAUUUUAAAACAAAUUUCCGCUUAUAAGCAGAAAACUGUUUUAUGAUUUUUUUUUUUUUCCUGUUAUUUUGCAAACAAAAAACGUUAUAGAAAUGAAAGUCUUUCUUUGAAGUUUUUCAAUUCACCUACAAAAAAAAAAACAAUUUAAAAUUACUGUAUGUCAUUCUUACACAUUUAUUAUAUAUUUGUAUAUUUUACUGAAGUUUUGUUUUUGCACUAUUAAAAGCAAUAAUUUUUUUUAUUGCAACCCAG